AUGUCUACUACGUCUGUUGCGGAACGAAGAAGGCAGGUGUUAGUCGGCGAGCUUCCAGCUGAUUUUCUGCGAUUAAUAGUUCCUCGCGAUCAGGUGCCUGCAUCUCAGCAACAAACCCAACAGCUCGUCUAUGCCGGUGGCAGUUUUGUUCCGCCUAACACUCGUGGUCGGCUUUCAAUCACUAUAGCCGAUGCUAAUUUGGUCAGGAAUUAUGGAAUUGUAAGAAUGGAUCCAUACUGUAGACUUCGAGUAGGUCAUGCGGUAUUUGAAACGCAGACAAAGCUCAGUGGAGGUCGAAGUCCUGUGUGGAAUCGAACUGUGCAUGCUUACCUGCCCAAUGGUGUUGAAAGCAUCUACAUCCAAAUUUUUGAUGAGAAGGCCUUCAGUGCUGACGAAUGUGUUGCAUGGGCUCACGUUAUGCUCCCACAAGCUAUUUUUAAUGGCGAAACAAUCGACGACUACUAUCCAUUGAGUGGACAGCAGGGCGAAGGAAAGGAAGGCAUGCUUCAUCUGGUCAUUUCUUUUGCUCCGGUCGAAGCUACAGUACCUACAGCUGUGGUGUUACCUGCACCCAUGCCUCCACCCGCACCAGUUGAAAUAACUGAAGAGGACACUAAAGAGUUGGAAGCGAUGUUCCCUGGUGUGGAUAAGGAAGUCAUCAGAUGUGUACUUGAAGAGAGCAGAGGUGACAAAGAUGCGACAGUCAGUGCUCUACUGGAAUUGAGCAAGUCGUAA